ACAGCUGGCGGAAAUUUGCCAUCACCGCGUAGAGACCAUGCCGCCUGUCACACUUUUAUUAAUUUUAUUAAUUUUACAGCAAAAGAUGGUAAAGUUAUCAUUCAUGGUGGCGUGGAUGUAACUUUUACUAGCUUGUUUUCAGAUAUUGCGGUCCUAGAUACAACACGAGAUCCUAUAUCUUGGAUUCCCGUUUCUGUAAAUGGAACCAUACCUCCAGGAAG